AUGGCUCCGGGGCCCGGGCUGCGGCGGAAGGGGGCGGCGGGGCUGGCGGGGCCGGGGCCGCCCUUGCUGCGGCAGGGCCUGCGGCGGGCCUGGCAGGAGAAGCGCCUGGUGCUGCUGGAGCCCCACUACACGCCGCUGGUGGCCGCCUGCCUCUGCCUGGCGGAGGUGGGGGUCAACCAGUGGGUCAUUCAGCGGGUGGCGUAUACCGAGAUCGAUUGGAAAGCUUACAUGGAUGAGGUAGAGGGUGUCGUCAAUGGGACCCUGGAUUACACCCAGCUGAAGGGGGACACAGGACCCCUUGUUUACCCAGCUGGCUUUGUUUACAUCUUCCUGGGCCUCUACUACGCCACCAGCCGCGGCACCAACAUCCGCCUGGCCCAGUACCUCUUUGCCGCCUUGUACCUCGCCACACUGCUGCUUGUUUUCCGCAUCUACAGCCGAACCAAUAAGGUGCCCCCGUACGUUUUCUUCUUCAUGUGCUGCGCUUCCUAUCGCAUCCACUCCAUCUUCGUCCUGCGUCUCUUCAACGACCCCGUCGCCAUGGCGAUCCUGUUCUUGGCCGUCAACCUUUUCCUGGAGGACCGCUGGUCCUGGGGCUGCUUCUGCUUCAGCCUGGCUGUGUCCGUGAAAAUGAACAUCCUCCUCUUUGCGCCGGGUCUCCUUUUCCUCCUGCUGCGGCGCUUUGGCUUGCCGGGCACCAUCCCCAAGCUUGCCAUCUGUGCGGCCUUGCAGGUGGCCCUGGGGUUGCCGUUCCUGUUGGCCAACCCUGUUGGGUACCUGACCCGUUCCUUUGACCUGGGCCGCCAGUUCCUCUUCAAGUGGACGGUGAAUUGGCGGUUCUUGCCAGAGGAGGUUUUCCAGCACCGGGCAUUCCACGCAGGACUUCUGACCUCUCACCUGACUGUCCUGGGGCUUUUUGCACUAACCAGGUGGCACAGAUCUGAAGAAAACACCCUGUCGCUGUUGAAGGAUCCAGCUGAGAGGAAAAGCCCUCCACAGCCUCUCUCAGCCAACCAGAUAGUCUUUGCUCUCUUCACGUCCAACUUCAUCGGCGUUUGCUUCAGCCGCUCCCUGCACUACCAGUUUUACGUCUGGUACUUCCACACGCUGCCCUACCUGCUGUGGUGCACGCCAGCCAAGAAGCCGACUCACCUGCUAAAGGUGCUUAUCCUAGGCUUGAUCGAGCUCUCUUGGAACACCUACCCUUCGACAGUCUACAGUUCAGCCUCCCUCCACCUGUGUCACGGGGCCAUCCUUGCACAGCUCUGGUACGGCACAGCAGCCUCUCCGGCGGCAGAGGAAGAGAGACGGUCUUCAAGAAAGGCCAAGUAA